AUGGUCAUGGCCUGCCCGAAGCCCCCUGUGCUAGUAGGUCAGCUUCCAGAUCAACAUGAAACGCACAAUGACGAGGAACGCCGUGCUCUCGUUGCAUGCUUUGCGAUCUCUGCCAUGGCCGGACUUGCAAUCAAAGCCGAACCUAUGCGAUGGUCUUCGCGCAUCGCAAGGGCUUGCGACAAACUCUCCCAGAACCUUGACAACGCAGGCGACCUUGCUCUUGUGGGAAUGGCUCGUAUUUCGCGGGUCUCGGUCGAUGCGUACAACACUUUGCAGCAAAUUCAAGAUGACCCACCAAGUGCGACUUAUGCGUUGCAUCAGAUCAAAGCUUUGCGAACUAUGCUCGAUGUCGUCAAGGGGGGCCUUUCGCAAACACAGCUGCAGCACGACAUGGUUAUGUUAUACCUUUACGCUACCGAAGUGCAAAUAUAUGAGCCCGCCUUGCUCGGUCUUACACCUUCGAUAUCAAACACUGCACUGGACUAUCAACGCAUCGAGUACCUCACCGCCUGCCUCUACGCUUGUAAGGCCUCACUCGACAACUAUAUGAACAUUCCAUCCGUCACCAUGAAUAUGGUCCAAGUACUCGCUUUUUCCAACACAUGCCAGGUUCUCUACUCGCUCUCUGUGAUAGAUUACCCAGGCUGGGACCGUUAUGCUGCACGCGCAACUGCGGACGUGCUAUGGUACUUUGACCAAGUAUGCACGAAGUUCGAGGAGGCUUGCCACCAGCUGGAGGAAGAGAACGGUAGCAAAGACAAUGUCUUUUCACUUGCUGGUGGGCAUGAAGGGCUGAAGUCGCUCAGUGCAAAGUGGAGAGAGAAUCUAGAAACUGCAACAGGCAUUGGUAUGGACUUCACAGCGGGAGAGCUCGGUGGUGCUGGGGAUGCGUGGUUGACGAAUGCGGAUAUGUGGUUUACGAAUGUUUGGGGGGAGGCGCAGUUUUAG